AUCCUUUGCAUAUUUUACAAUUAAAGACAGACUGCCCCAGAUCCUCACAAGGGUUAUCGACACUCUGCAUCGACAUAAAAAUGAAUUUUUUGAAGAACAUGGUGAGAAGGGUGUUGAAGCAGAGAAGAGAGCUAUAUCUUUCCUCUCCAAACUGCGGAAUGAACUGCAGACAGACAAACCAGUGACCCCUUUGGAAGAUGAGCUGCCUGAUGCCACACUGUGGAACCAGUACCUGGACCACCAACGAAAUCUAUCAAAUGGAAAUGGAGAACCAAGCUGGUUUCAGUCCCCUUGGUUGUAUGUAGAGUGUUAUAUGUAUCGAAGAAUUCAUGCAGCAUUAGCACAGAACCCACCUAUUGACAACUUCGAUGUAUUUAAGGAAGGAAAGGCUCAAAAUUUCUUUGAAUCCCAAGAGGCUGUUAUUGCCUUAUGCACUUACUUCCAGGAACUUCUUAAGAACAUCAAGGAUCUAGAUGAAAAACAACUUAAGGAAGAACUUUUCAAGCUAUUGCAGGUGUCAUUGUGGGGCAAUAAGUGUGACCUUUCUUUUUCAGCUGGGAAAGAGAGCUCUCAGAAAUCUAGUCCCUUACAAUCCCUGGAAAACAUGGUACCUUACAUCUUAGUGAAUGAUAUGGAAAAACUUUGGUCAGUACUUGUAAAUGCAAAAAAAAAUAGAACAGAAGGAAGUAAUGUUAGAGUUGAUAUAAUCCUGGAUAAUGCUGGAUUUGAACUUGUAAGUGAUCUCGUGUUGGCUGAUUUCUUGUUAUCAUCAAAGCUAGCUGAUGAAGUCCAUUUUCAUGGAAAAAGUUUUCCAUGGUACGUGUCAGAUACCACAAAGCAUGAUUUUAACUGGACUGUUAAACAACUGCAGUCAGCUAAUCAUAUGUGGAUGUCCAGAUGUGGGAUAAACUGGGAGGGCAAUUUGAAAAAGGGAGUUUGGGUUUACCAUGAUCACAUGUUUUGGACUUUGCCACAUGACUUUUCCAGUAUGGGUGGAAUUGCUCCUGAUUUGUAUGCUGACCUGCAGAAGUCAAACUUGCUUCUUUUCAAAGGUGAUCUAAACUAUAGAAAGUUAACAGGGGAUAGAAAAUGGGAAUAUACUGUUCCAUUUCACCAAGCCUUGAACAAGUUUCAUCCUGCACCUCUCUGUAGUUUGAGAACACUGAAAUCUGACACUCAGGUUGGCCUAAAACCUGGACAGGGUGAACAAAUUCAGGCUUCUGAACCUGAGUGGAUGGUAAGUGGAAAAUAUGGGGUAGUUCAGUUUGAUCCUGCUCUCUAAUUAGAUGAUUCCUAAUAUUCUGAAAGAGAGGUUUAACCUCAGUAUAACUACUUUCUUUGUUCCAUGCUUAGCUUCCACAAAAAUUCUUUUUUGUUUGCACUUUUUCCUCCCAAGAGAUUUGUUGGUUUUGUUCCACAAAAGACUUUAAUGUUGUGCAGAAAUUUACAAAUUGUCUUUGUAUAUGUAAA